AAAAUCCCGCAGGAGCUGAACCUCCUGGACUCCUCCAACACCAUCUUCAAGCUGCUGGGCCCCGUUUUGGUGCGGCAGGACCUGGAAGAGGCCAAAGCCACGGUGGGGAAACGCCUGGAAUACAUCACAGCCGAGAUGAAACGCUACGAGCAGCAGAUGCAGGAGCUGGAGCGACGCUCGGAGCAGCAGAGGGAGGUGCUGGGGAGGCUCCAGCAGGAGCUGCAGGGCAAACCCUGAGCCCCCCCAAAUAUUUGGGGACCCCCCCGGAGCCUCCUGACCCUCCUUGGCCCC